AUGGAUGACCAAGAGGACGAGGACGAGGAGACACUCCAGUUGAAGUUGCAGGAAAUUCAGGCGAGGUUGAGGUUGAAGAAACUGCAGAGCGCAAGAGAGAGGACGGCGGGAGCUGUGUCUCCUAGGCGCAGAUCACCGCCACCGCAACAACCAAGGCCGAUAUCAAGAGGCUUAGGGCUCGGCGCAAAUCGAGUAGCUCCGCGGCCCGAGUCGCAAGCUGCGAUCGAAGUGCCCGUCUCUCCCGUCCGGAAGAUGCAGCCACCACAGUCACAGACAUCGCCGAGUCGGGUCCUACUAGGGAUUGACAAAGGACUCAGAGGGAAAGAUGUUUCGCUAAAACGAGCACCAAGCGUGUUGCGCAGGAAUGCGAGCUCCCAAGAUGGACAACAGUUCGGCGGUUAUCUUCAAAGGUCAAGGACUCCGGCACCUCAGACCGAAUUACAACGACCCAUGAGUUUCAACGAAAGGCUGGCCGCGGCAAGGACGCAAGAGGUCGACCGCCAGGAUUUAAGAGACAGAGUCCGAAAGGCCAGGUCUGGAGCGUUUGAGAUUGGACAGAAGGACAUUGACCAAUUCAAACAGAAGGCGGUCGACCUUCCGGAGCAACCUGAUGCUGCGCCGCAGUUCAGUAGGGAGGAUAUCCUUGGUGGAAAGGGCAAACCCGAACACGGACAGAGGAAACUUGACACAGUACCUGCCCUGCCAGCGCCAGCGCCAAAAGACGAAGACGAUUCACAAGACCUCUAUGAGCCUCCACCUGACUGGAUGAUGGCUGGACAGAAUCCCAAAAAGGUCGCGCCCGCAGAUGUACCCGAGGCAGAAGCAUCGGCUUUCGAGCCAUACUCCAGCUUUCAUCUCUCACAGCGCAUUCUUCCUCAUCAGGUCUUGACAAGGACCUUGUCCGGAAAGAAGAUCUUCAAGGUGCCAGAACUGCUACGCAAGGUCAAAGGCCCUGACUUCCAGCUUCCAGAUAUCGAACAGGACAUCGUUGUCUUUGCCGUUGUCGCCAAAAAGUCAGAACCUCGCCAACAUAAGCCCCGGCCAGAUCAAAACGGCAAGCAGUCAGAUAGAGGCAAGUACAUGGUCAUCACGCUCUGUGAUCUCAAAUGGGAGCUCGAGCUAUUCCUCUUCAACUCAGGCUUUACCCGGUUCUGGAAGCUCACGGAAGGUACGGUCUUGGCCAUCUUGAACCCAACCAUUAUGCCGCCACCAGUGGGCCGUGAAGCCACCGGCAAGUUCAGUUUGGUUAUCAACUCUGAUGCGGACACCAUCAUGGAGAUUGGAAAGGCUCGCGACUUGGGCUUUUGCAAGUCCGUCAAGAAAGACGGAGAGUUCUGCAACUCAUGGGUCAACAAAAAGCGGACCGAGUUCUGCGAGUUCCAUACUAACGAGGCAGUCACCAAACAACGAGCGACGCGAAUGGAAGUCAACUCUAUGGACUUUGGCGGCAUCGGAGAAAGGCAUCGGUGGAACUCACGCCAUAUUCGGAACCCAGAACCUGAACAAAAGCAAUACGACCGGGAAACACACAGCCACUGGUUCGCCACGAAAUCAAUGAGCUCGGCGCAACUCAUCGACGGAGCUCAAGCACUUGCAGAUCGGAGAGAAAAGGAAGAAGGGUUAAAAAAGCGAAUGCUUGCCCAAGAGCGCGAAAGAGGGAUCAUGCAGCGUUUGAGCAAGAUCGGCGCCGGCGCCGGCAAGGAAUACAUGAAGCAGUCGGAACGAACCCGCAACGCCGCAUCUGCCCUCUCAUCAUCCGCCCCGUCGGCCAGCGCGAUUGAGGAACGGCAGCGAGUCGAUGCGAGGAACUUGGGUCUGAUGGCUCCCAGGAGUAAGGAAAUGGCGAUCCAUCUAAGCCCGAUCAAACGCAAGAGGCCGCAGAGCGCGCAGUCCGGCUCGUCGAUCGGGGUGUCGUCAUCGUCGGCGGCCACCGGAGCUAAGGGCGGCUUCGGUUGGGGCGGUAGCCUAAAGGACAAGCUGGCCAAGAUGAAGGACGGCGACAAGCUGAGCAACGACAAGCCGCCGGUGCGGAAGAAGACGAGGUUCGUGACGGAGAAGGGCAUCCGCGAGGCCGGGAGAGAGAGCCUGGGGAUGGAUCUGCCGCAGCGGUCGGUUUCCUUUGAAGAUGACGACGAUGACGAUUUGAUUAUUGUAUAA